CAACAAUUUUCUCUCUCCUCUCCAAUUCUCUCUUCCUCAACCCAACCCAACCAAACCAAACCAAACACCUCUUCAAUUCCCUCUCAUUCCCCCACCAUCUUUACUCCCCUCUCUAAUGGUCAUUACCGCCGGCACGGCGGACUACGGCGACCGACACCGCAGACCACAAACAACGCCGUCACCGGAAGAACAACAACAACAAAAACACAAUCUAAUGGCGGCGAUGAUGGUUCCAGAACGAUCCAAAGGAACUCUAACUCUCCCCAAUUUCUCCUCUCUCCCCUGCUUCAACGUCACCUGGGGUCGCCGUGUACAGCUCCGCUGCGUCAAGGAAGAUAACGCCGUCGAUCAUCAUAACGACGCCGUUGAAGGCGGCGCCGACGACUUACCCUUGACUCGCUCCGAGUUCAACCACCAUCGGAAGCGGAGAUCCAGUGACGACAAUGCUAAGAUUGGGAUCGAAGGAUUAGGUGAGAAACUCAUACUUGAUUUUCGGGCCGAAGUUCAUCAGAUGCAAGCCGCUUUUCUUCAAAAAUCCGACGUCGUUGUUCCACCGACGACGGCGGUUGAGACCAGACCUUGGAAUUUGAGAACGAGGAGGGCUGUUUGUAAGGAGCCUAACAAUUUUCCCGCUUCUUCUGAUCGGAAACAUAUUUCUUCUCCGGUGGUUAAAUCUCCGGCGAGGAGAAACGCCGGUGAAGUUAGCGGCGGUGAACAUGGCGGUGAGCGACCGAGAGCUAAUUUUUCCGGGACUCUCUCUAAGCAAGAAAUUGAGGAAGAUUUUCUAGCGAUGUUGGGUACUCGGCCCGCUCGUAGGCCCAAGAAACGGCCCAAAUUUGUUCAAAGGCAAAUCGAUGCAGUUUUUCCCGGGUAUUGGUUAUCGGAGAUAUCAGCUGAUAUGUACAAAGUAAACGAACAGCCUCAAACUGGAUAAUUUUGAAUAAGUAAUGUGGGGAGAAUUGGUUGCUAGUCCAGUGUAGAUAUAUGGAGGGAAGAAUUUUUAUUCCUGCUGACAGAAAAUGGUAAACUUUACAAGAUUAAUCAGAGGUGUUCAUCAUCAUCAUCUAUGUGCUCUACUGGCCGGGAAUUCAACGCAAGUUUUAAAUUUUCGGGUUUUUUGUUGUUGUUGUUGAUGUAAGUACAGUUUAUAUGAAUAGAGAUGCUAAUCUUGGGUUACUACUAUAUAGAGAUUCUUAUGUUUUUUGUUUUGGAAUAAGAGCGGUUUAUUCAAUAAUGAAGAAAUCGAAAUUUGGUUUAUGAUU